GAGACACUGAGGAUUGGUGUGUGGAAUAAAAGUAGGCUGCAACAUAGUCAUGAUUAUGUACCUUCAGGUGGAUCCGGUUGUCAAGUCUCAUUGAAAUUUACAGCUCGAUAUCACCGACAUUCACCCAGGCUGAAGCUGGGGCGCAGCAGUGGAGUCACUGAGCCGAAGAUCACUUCCGACACCUCCGUAUGGAUUUAACGUCGGCAUACAUUGUUGCUUGAUGUUUUACAAAAGGUCGAUUACCGGUCAUUUUGGAAAUGAGGGAACCUUGUGACCUUAAACACUUCGUAAAGUGUGGCGUCACUUUGGAAGGCUCAUUUCUCUGAUUUGGAUUAUUCUUGGCCAGCAGCCUCUUCAGGCCUACUAAUCCUAGAUGAGUUUCUCAAUGGACACUCUACUCAAGUCAGAGAUCAGAGAUGAGGGGAGUGGUGCUUCGGUGAAGGUGGAGGGCCUAUCCAAGGCAGCACUAAUCAAAAGUCUGUCUCCCAGAGUGAUGCUAUACAACCAUCUCUUGCCUAAAGGGAGCAAGAUGAAGGUCAACUUAGAGGAUCAGGGUCGUCAGAAAGUGUCCUUCAGCUUCUCACAGACCAAGAAGCCCCUGAAAAGCCGGUUCUUCAUCCAUGCAAGCCCUGAUAAGUCUGUCACUGAACCUCAGGUUGCCUCAUCACAGUCAACCUUAGACAAAGGAGGGCAGAGUACAAGCAAAACUGAGCAAAAGCAGACACCCACGUUACCAUCAUCAACACCAGAGACACCGUCUCAAACCCCAUUCACCUCAGCUACUAAACUGAAACCGGACUUAGCAAAGAUACAUUUCAAAAAGCAAAUUCUCAGUGUCUCUGUGACUGAAGAGAAACCAACAUCUGUUUUGCAAGAGGAGGAGCAUUCCUCUGAAUUGCAGGUCCAGCAAGUCAACAAGUCAACAAGUAAGAGUUCAGCAGAGUUCCCAACACCCCAGCCUCAGAAUGUCACCAGUGUCUGCCCAUCUGAGAAUGCUCACAUUGAAACCUCUGAAACAAGGGUAACUCUGAGCCUCAAGAAGCCAACUGCUUCUCCAGGAAAAGAUGGAGAGACUCCCAGCAGUACUGAGCAGGAUAAUAAAGUAUACAAAAGGAAAACCAGGUCCCAAUCUAAUAAUGCUCCUCUGGGCUCAGAAUCCGAUGGAGAUUCAGUCCAGAUGGCUUCUAGCCGCAAAUCAGCUGACUUCAAAAGCAAAACAAAUUCUGAUAGCAGAAGCAAAGAGGUAAAAAAGUGUUCCUCUGUUUCACAUAUGGAAGAAAAAGAAAAAAGUUCCUCUAAGCGGUCAGAGAAUCAUGAAAGGUCUUCUAGUUACUUCAAAUCAGACCGUGAUUCUAGACGGACAUCUUCACGUUCAUCUCGAUUAGACAAAGAUCGCAGAAGGUCCAGGUCUAGAUCACGGUCUAGAUCAAGAGGGUCUCGAACAAGUUCUUCUCACUCUAGAUCAGAGAGAUCAAGAGGUGACAGAGGAUCACGCUCUGAAAGGUCAUACUAUCAUGAUUCUGACCGUCGAUCAUACAGGAGUUCUCCACGCAGAGAGAGGAGACGUUCUCAUUCUCGCACUGACAGAACUCGGGACAGUUCUGAAUCUGAGGAUGACCACAGGAAGACUAGGACAAGGACAAGUGACUCCACCAGAUCAUCCACUCAUUGGAGCUCACAUAAAGAGUCAAAAUCGUCUUCCUACUCAAAAUCUGAGAAAGUUUCUAAAUCUACAGGGUCUCCUCACUCUUCAGACUUGGAUAAAAGAACACAGUCAUCAAAGUCUGAAAGGACUUCAAAGCGAUUGUCUGACUCUGAUUUACAGCACAAGUCCUCUCCUGAUUUGGACUCUGGUUACCGUAUAUCUAGCACCCAUCACAAGUCGGAGACUAACAUUAAUUCUUCUUUUGGUAUGCAUACCCGCUCUCAAACAUAUGAAAAAUGCCAAAAAAGCAGCCCCAGUGACUCUGAGGCAGAUCAUAAGGCAAAAUCACAGGCUUUGGACAAAAUCUCUGGCCCAGAGGAAAACAGCAAAAACUCCCUAAAGAAAACCAGUAGACAAGACUUGAAACAAGUGACCCCUUUUGGAUCUUCUGUAAAAACCACUGGACAUGAUGGACAAUCAGAUGACAUAUUUCACAGCUCCAGCAAAACUCAAUCCCAUGCAUCCGUUACAGAACUGUGUUCUCAGAGUGAAAAAGAAAAAUCUGAUUCUUGUCAAGAUGUUAAUGAACACAGUAAUCAGGAUCUUAAGGAAAUUGUCUCACAUAGUGAAAAUGAUUUGCAAGAACCAUCAUCCAAAAGGCCUAAAGAACCUACAUCAAGUCUUGAAGUUGAGAAUAAAUUGACCUCAGCUAUAACCUCAAUUGAAACCCUAAAGCACGUAAGAGUCACCCUAAAAAACUUGAUCCAUGUGAAGGACAGCCUUUCUUCUAAUAAUCAACCAAAUGUGAACUUAAAUGAGGUUGUCUUAAAUUCAUGCAAUAGUAAUGAUAGUAUAAUAUGCAGCCCGGCCCAGAACAAGAAAGUCGUUGACGACUCACUAGGGCCAAGGUCCUUAGCAGAUACAGCAGAUAUACCUGUCACACAUGGCCCACAGGAGAACACUAAAGCAGAGAUUGAGCCGAAUGAACCUAUGACAGUCAACAAGCAAACUGACACAAGUGUGCCACUCAAAUUGGAUUCUUCCCAUCUUGAAUUUGAAAAUCAGCUAACAUGUGAACAGCAAAGCAUGGAUACUGUUAAAAAAAGCAGCAGUACUGUCAAAAAAUCUCGAUGGGAUAUUGUUGGGCAGGACACCUUAGAGAGAGAUAAUUCACAGAGGACACUUGGUGCAGAGAGUAAGCCUACUGUUAAAAAAGUUAUCUCUGUCAAAAAGAUAGAGUUUUCUAAAGACAACAACCAACAAGACACUGGCAAUAAAGAUAAUAUUCAAGAAUCUGAAACACAUUCCAUACCAGUGAAGCAGACUGAGAUCUCUAAGCAGGAAGUCAGCCUAGAUGGUACCUUUGUGGCUGAAAAAUGUGAAGACCAAAGUGAGCCACCACAAGUAAGCACCAGCAUUGACCUCAGUGAUUUAAAACAGACUGUUUCUCAAAACACAGAAGAUGAGCCUCUACAUAUAAAUGAUAUCUCAAAGGUUGACACACCUGCAAAAACGCUAAGUUGGAAUGAUGAUGAACAUGAAGAAAAAUCAAAGGACAGUGGUCACAAUACCACAGUGAUUAAGAAAUCACUUAUUCAGGAUACAUCAGGGGGGCAGAGUGAGGCCAGUGAUAGUGACAACUCAGAGUAUGACUCUGAUUGUGGUGAGGCUAUAAAACGAUUGCACUCUGUGGUAGUAGUGCCAAAGAAUUCAUCCCUAACAAUGGAUAGACAUGACACAGGAGCUUCCUGCAUUCCUGUGAAUAAUUCAGAACGGCACAAUGCUGAUAUAGCAGCAGACAUGAAUAUCUGUGAAAUCCCAACUCAAGUCACUUCUGAACAAAGACAGGUGAGUCCUUCCAUUGAUUUUGGUGCGAUCAGUGGUCCUUAUGCUGGGGUAAAUGACUCAUCCAAUGGCAGUAUGUUGUGUCAAUCCCAGAGCGAUAUGAUUGAUAGCACCAGUCACUCUGAGGGUUCCAGCUCCAUCCUUGCCCUACCCUACAUCCUUGGUCAUGUCAGUACUCAUAGAAGUGCUACAGAUCCUGCUCACAGCCUAGAUAAUUCCAGACAGUGUGUACAAGGGCACAAACAGCAUGCAGUAAGCAGCAGAGGUGAACAGAUGUAUCCCCAUUAUCAACAUGAUGACUUCUCCAGUGCUGAUAAUAUCAAUAACAAGAAUGGAAUCAGCUUGGGCUGGGAUUUUUCACAAACAGAACAGCCCAGUAGUACAUAUCAGCAGCCUGAUAGCAGUCAUGGGCCACAGUUAACAAACACUAAACUGAUAGGAGCCUCUAUUAAAGAACAAGAGCACAUGCAGAGUAAUGCCCCCUGGAACCACCAAUCCCUUAACAUGCCUACUAGCAAAAACCUCUACCACCAUUCGCAUGAAAAUUAUCAGGAUCCUGCAGGUGAAAUCCAUCCCGACUCUCUCACUAAUGACCAUGAUGACUACAGUGGUGAAAAAUCAUCAAAUCUUAGUAAAACAGCUGUUGAUUUCAGUGGAUCUAACACUCCAGGGUCAUAUAGCUUUGUACAGGGUCAUGAAAUAAGCAGUAACAGCAGGGGCUCUACAAUGCCUGACCCCCGCAGAGAAGACCAUUUUAGACCCCAUAGAGGCAGGGGUCCACCCAAGAAAAGGCGUCCAGAGAUUGAGUCAGAUUCAGACAAUGAGGCAGAAGCUGGGCCUGCAGGCAAACGGGAGCGUCAAGGAGAUACUGAUACCUGUAAGGAAACGCUUGUCAAAGCUAAGGUGCUGUGUCCAUCACUUACUCUGCUGGAUUUUCAAGAUGCCAGUAAAUGGAAAGAGUUGGCCAAAUCUAAGAAGAUGCCCCCUUAUUUCGACUUGAUUGAGGAAAACAUGUACUUGACUGAGAGAAAAAAGAACAAAUCUCAUCGAGAUAUCAAGCGAAUGCAAUGCGAGUGCCCAGUGUUGCCCAGAGAGGAGCGUUUAAGAGGAGUACUAGCAUGUGGGGAAGACUGUUUAAACCGGCUGCUGAUGAUCGAGUGCUCAUCACGCUGCCUAAAUGGAACCUACUGCUCUAAUCGUCGCUUUCAGAUGAAACAACAUGCAGACUUUGAGGUUAUCCUCACAGAAGACAAGGGCUGGGGACUACGGGCAGCUAAAGACUUGGCUCUAAACACCUUUGUACUGGAAUACUGCGGGGAAGUUUUGGAUCACAAGGAGUUCAAAACAAGGGUUAAAGAAUAUGCUCGCAAUAAAAACAUCCACUACUACUUCAUGUCUCUAAAAAAUAAUGAGAUUAUUGACGCAACACUGAAGGGUAACUGCUCUCGGUUUAUGAACCAUAGCUGCGAGCCUAACUGUGAGACCCAGAAGUGGACUGUCAAUGGCCAGCUUAGAGUUGGGUUCUUCACCACCAAGGCUGUUACUGCAGGAACUGAACUGACAUUUGAUUACCAGUUCCAGAGAUAUGGUAAAGAAGCACAGAAAUGCUUCUGUGGUGCACCCAGCUGCAGAGGCUUCCUUGGUGGGGAGAACAGAGUCAGUGUUCGGGCAGCUGGAGGGAAGAUGAAGAAAGACCGUAGUCGAAAGAGUGCUCUCACCACGGUUGAUGAGGAGCUGGAGGUGUUACUGGAUAAUGGAGAAGGCCUGUAUGAUGAGAAACAGGUUGUCUCUCUCUGCAGACUAAUGGUCCGAGUAGAAACCAUGGAGCAAAAACUCACCUGUCUCAAGCUCAUACAAGAUACUCAGAAUCCAUCGUGCCUGAAGCAAUUCCUUGACCAUCAUGGAUUGUCUUUGCUGUGGAUUUUCAUGGUGGAGCUUUCUGAAGCUAAAGGCAACAGUGCCAAUAGCAUCAAACUGCAGUUAGAGAUCAUGAAGACGCUGGCUGUGCUUCCUAUCUCUACUAAGAACAUGUUGGAGGAGAGCAGAGUCCUGACCUUUAUUCAGCGAUGGGCACAAACAAAAACUUUCCCUCAGCCUGCUGAGAUGGAUGGCUACUCCAGUGAGAAUACCUCCCGUGCGCAAACACCUCUCAACACUCCUGAUGGUUCCUCCACCAAACUGGGACCGGAACUGGAUGGUGACCCCUCCAAACCUGCUGUUUACCGCCGCCUUAAAAUCAUCAGUGAAAACAGUCUGGACAGUGCUCUCUCAGAUGCUAGCAAAGCAUCUGAUGGUAAGGAGGACGAGGAGGAUGAUGAUGAUGAUGAGGAAGAAGAUGAAUCCUCACAUGCAGGACUUCCUGUUGACAAGCAGCUGAAGACAGAACCAGCUGCUGAAGCUGCAGACCCAACAAAAGAAAUGAUGGAAGAGUCAGUGAAAGAGGUCAGUGUUGAGAAACAGGAAGAGGCAGGGAUGAGUUCAAGCAGUCAGCAUCAACCUCAAACUGAGGAAGUGAAAGAUGAAAUGGAGUUGGAACUGAAGAAGGAGGACACUGAGAUGAAAGAGGACACAGAUGAGGGUCUGAAGGAAGAACUUGAGGAGUCAAAGGAAGCUAGUGAAGAACAGGUGAGUGGGGAGGAGCAGACUACUCAGGCAGUGACAGAAAAGGCUGAAGUGGCAAGUGAUCAGCCCUGCGUUGAAGUUCUUGAGCCAGAGAAUCAGCUCAUCCAAACAGAUACUGCUGAUCUUCCACCUGAGCUGCCUUCAGUCCAGGGCGAAACCCAGGUAGAGACUCAAGAGGCAGAGAAAGCUCAUCCUGGCAGCAAGGCUCAACCUGGUGAAUCUACCACUGAUGCUCUGCCCGGCUCUGAGGCCCCGGAUGCUACUAUGUCCUCUGAGGUGACGGCAGUCCCUUUGGACCCAUCGGUGAUGGGAACUCCUUCUCAGGAUGAAGAGGAAGGCGUCUCAGAUGUGGAAAGUGAGAGGAGUCAGGAGCCGCAACUCAGUGCUUUGGACAUUAGUGGCAUGGCUGCCAGGCUUCUGGAAAGCUGGAAGGAUCUGAAGGAGGUAUACCGAAUACCAAAGAAGAGUCAGGUGGAAAAGGAAGCCAGUGAUCGCAGUCGAGAUCGAGACACUGCUUUGAUGCCACGAACCACGUCCGUUAGCCGAGAACGAGAAAGGGAGCGAGAAAAGGACAGGGAACGAGACAGAGAUUAUGACAGAGACAGGGAGCGAGACUGGGACAGAGACAAAGAUCGCGACAGGGACCGUGAUCGAGUCUCUGAAAAAACUCCACGCAGCACAGAGAGACGGAGAAGACGCUCUAUGUCUCCACCAUCCUCAUGCUAUGAGAGGAGCAGCCGACGUGCUGAGGAAAGGUUUGAUCCUUCUAACAGCAACAAGACACCAAGGGGAGCUGCUGGCAAGGAGCGCAACAAGCUAUCCACAGAGGAACGCAGAAAGCUUUUCGAGCAGGAGGUUGCUCAGCGGGAAGCCCAGAAACAGCAACAGCUUCAGCAGCAGCAGCUUCAGACUAUGGUUUAUGACCCUGCUCUGGCCUAUGCCUCCAGUCCUGGCUUCAUUACCUACCCUCCUGGUUAUCCCAUCCAGACUUUUGUGGAUCCCUCCAACCCCAAUGCAGGCAAGGUACUGCUCCCUACCCCAUCAGUUGAGCCUACCCUGAGCUAUGAGCAAACUCCUCCCCAGCGUCUUAUCUCAGAAUUGGGACUCACAUCUCCAUCUUCCACUUCCCAAGCCACUCCGGUCUCUAAUCUCUCUCAGCAUAUCACCACCACCAACCUCAACACUGGCAACCCCCAGCAGUAUGCCCAGCCAACUGUAGCAACCCAGGACGCAGGUGUAGCUGUCCUCUCUGUCCCAGCCCAGGCUGCCCCUCAGGUACAGGGCCAGCAGAGCUACACCACUCUCUGGGAUCCCACCACUCAGCAGGCAGUGACUGUGCAGACCCAGCCAGCACAGCCAUAUGCCACAGCUCCAGCACAGGCCCAGGCGCAAACAGCCAUCUAUUACCAGGGUCAGCCAUGUCCAACCAUCUAUAGUAUCCCCACUGCCUAUCCUCAGAGCAACACUCCAGUCAUACAGACGUACACUGAGCCCACAGCCAGCUACCUGCAUGGCCCGCCAGUGUAUUCUGGGCAUCAGCAGGGAGUGGUGGUGCAGCAGGGAGGCACAGUCACCACCAUUGUCACAUCCCAAACAGUCCAACAGGAAAUGCUUGUAUCUAACAAUGUGAUGGACCUGCCUCCUCCUUCUCCCCCAAAACCCAAAACUAUCGUCUUACCUCCAAACUGGAAAGUGGCUCGGGAUCCUGAAGGCAAGAUCUACUACUACCAUGUUGUCACAAGGCAAACACAGUGGGACCCCCCUACCUGGGAAGGAAGUAGCGACAACAGUAGCGUGGACCAUGAAUCUGAGAUGGACCUGGGAACACCGACCUAUGAUGAGAAUCCUUCCAAGUUCUCCACAAAGACAGCUGAAGCAGACACUUCCAGUGAACUCGCUAAAAAAAGUAAAGAGACAUUUCGCAAAGAGAUGUCCCAGUUCAUCGUGCAAUGUUUAAAUCCUUAUCGGAAGCCAGACUGCAAACUUGGACGCAUCAGCAAUACAGAAGAUUUCAAACACCUAGCUAGAAAGCUGACACAUGGAGUUAUGAAUAAGGAACUGAAAGCUUGCAAGAAUCCUGAGGACCUUGAGUGUAAUGAGAAUGUGAAACACAAGACCAAGGAGUACAUCAAGAAGUACAUGCAGAGGUUUGGUUCUGUGUACAGGCCCAAGGAGGACACAGAGGUGUACUAACUUCAGAGGCCACAGAUGUUAACACUUGCUCUGCGCUAACACAGGAGAAGCACAGAUUUGCCUUUCCAUCUACUCCAUGUAUGAACUGGCCAGCCUGAACCAUGAAGUAGUUUCUUACCUGUAUUUAUGAUUAAGAAUUGCACUGCUGUCCAAGAAGCUCUUCAGCCCUUGUGAAUCUCGGAGGAGAGCUAGUCAAGAUACUGUCGGGGACUCGAGUGCUGCUGAACAACCCGAGACUCCAGGUCUGGUGUUCUCGAAAGAUGACACUGAGGGGUGCUACAGAGACUAAUGUUCUCACUGACUGUUUUUAACAUUUUUGUUUCCAUUUGUGGCUCUUAAAUGUUCCUGAGAUGAUCACAUCAAUUCCACUUUUUAAACACUUCUAGUCCUGAGUGAGGAUUACUCAUGAGAAUCAGCUUUGAUAUCAUGUUUAUCAAAGUUUCUUUGUUACUUUCCACUGUUAACAAUGGAUCAAUGACAGAGCAGUCUCCCCCCACCUGCCCAACCUCCUUUUCUUGUGCACGCUUCAGCCCCCCUGCCACUGCCUGUAUCUGGUGCUUCUUGUAACUGGGCUGUGCAGGUCCAGACUUCCACUCUCAAACCCCUGCCUUCUUAACCACAAGAUUUUGAAGCCCCUUGUCAUUUUAUGAAUGCAUGAUGUCGACCGAAGUCGGUGGUAUCCUUAUGGAAAUUCCUGUAUGUGUCAUGCCCUCGCCAGGAUUUUACUCACAAUACACUUGGGGAUCAGUGAGUGACUAGCAGGUUGACGAGGGAGCUAGGCAUCAGUAUUUCCACAUCUUUUAUCAGUUUAUGUAUAAUAACGGGUUCAGGGUUUGAAUGCUGUGGUUUGAUGUGCUGUUUAUCUGUGUCAGUUUUUUUCCCGUCCAAGUUCCUCUUCCGCCCUGUUCUGCCCAGUUUCCUCUUGUUACAGGAAUGAUGCUGAAAUUGAAGCCGGUAGCAUUGCCGUUUUAACCGUUUCUAAACAUCCCUGUGUUCCGUUUGUUUUUUGUUUGUUUUUUUUUCUCACUCACCUUAGAGACCGCUUGGUUGGCCUUGCUCCACAAGUUGUCACACUAUAAUUUCUAAGAGUCAUCAAAGUAGUUUCAUUAGCAUUAGACCACCGAUUUGUUGCAGCUUAUUAAAUUGAAUUAAACAAAGUUUCAACAUGUGUACAUUGCUUUAUAUGUGAAUAUACUGAAUAAUAGUUUUGGGAAUGUUUAAAUAAGCAGACACUUUGUAAAAGGACUAUCAUUUCAUGAAUGAAAGUGUAAAUAAUGUGUAAACUUACCAAAGCUGUACACAGGAGACUGGCUGUCAGGGAGUACAACGAGCCCACCCAUUCUCACUAGCUCAACCCUCCUGAUGCAGUUACAACAUAAGUCUGUCAAACCUAGAGCCCCACUGACUCACAGCCCUCUAUUUUAUUUCAGUGGUGGAAGAUUUUCAUGUUUUUUUUAAUUAAUUUUCUAUGUACAAAGGAAGUUUCACCCUAUUCUACUGUAAUUAUUGUGUAAGCAUAUUGUCAUACCAAGUGUACAAACAUUUUAAAAGAUA